AUGGACAAACCCGCCCCAACGCACCUCUCCUCCACCACCUCCGCCCCAACCUCCCCAACAUUUACCUCCCAACCCACCCUUACACCCACACACACCCAACCCCCUCUCUCCCUCCAAAAACCCGCUGCCCCUCCAACAGCCUCCACCGCCGACCCCCAUCUCGCCCAGCAGGAAGAAGCCACAACACGAGUUUCAACUACGAAACCGUACACGGGACCGCCACCGUCGGCGCGGAGGAAGAGCUGGAGCCACGAGACGGGGACGGGGCACGGCGGGGAGGGAAACAUGAGUGAUACGAGUUUGACGCAGGACCCGGGGAGCCAGUUGUAUCAUGGGCAUGUGCAUGUUGGGAAGUGGAAUCGGCCGUGGUGA